AACCUCGUCUCUGUUUUUCUUUAGACGUCUUGGAGUUGAACUUGGCAAAGCUGUGGUUUACCAGGAGCCGAACCGGGAAACCCGUGUGGAGAUAAAAGAAUCGGUUCGUGGGCAGGAUAUUUUCAUCAUACAGACCAUCUCCAGAGAUGUUAAUACAGCUGUAAUGGAACUACUGAUCAUGGCCUAUGCCUGCAAAACGUCAUGUGCUCGGAACAUCAUUGGUGUUAUUCCGUACUUCCCCUACAGCAAGCAAUGCAAGAUGAGGAAAAGGGGCUCGAUUGUGUGCAAACUGCUUGCGUGCAUGCUUGCUAAAGCAGGUUUGACCCACAUCAUCACAAUGGACUUGCAUCAGAAGGAGAUCCAGGGCUUCUUCAAUAUUCCUGUUGAUAAUCUUCGAGCAUCACCAUUUCUGCUGCAGUACAUCCAGGACGAGAUCCACGAUUACAGAAAUGCAAUUAUUGUUGCCAAGUCACCAGCAGCUGCCAAGAGAGCACAAUCUUAUGCAGAGCGAUUACGAUUGGGACUGGCAGUAAUACAUGGAGAAGCUCAGUAUGCAGAAUACGAUAUGGUGGACGGUCGUCACUCACCUCCAGCUGUGAAGAACACGACAAUACAUUCUGGCUUGGAGUUACCAUCUAUACAUAGGCUGCAAGUUCCGUUUCCUGGCAUUGAGCUUCCAAGUACGAGAGUAUAA